AUGGGUUCAAUCCCAACACAGCAACCUGUUUUCCUUCACAACAAUAUCAUCAAGAAUUAUGCGUCGUUUGGUGAUUUUUACUCGGCGUGCAAACUGUUCGACGAAAUGUCUCACAGAAAUGUUGUAUCGUAUAAUACCAUGAUUUCUGCGUGUUGUCAAUAUGGAUUUUUAGAGGAGGCCUGGAAGUUGUUUUCUGACAUGAGAAAAUGUGAUUGUAAGCCUACACAGUUUACAUUUGGCGGGCUCUUAUCGUGUGAUUCCUUGUCUAUUUUUGAAGGAAUGCAGUUGCAGGCACUGAUUGAAAAGAAUGGAUUGUUCUGUGCUGAUCCUUUUCCUGGAACUGCAUUGUUAAGUAUGUAUGGGAGACACGGAUGUUUAGAUGAAGCUAUUGUGGUAUUUGAAUGCAUGCCUGAGAAGAACUUGGUGAGCUGGAACUGUAUGAUAUCAAUGUUUGGCCAAAUGGGCCUUGCUGAAAAUUGUAUGUUUUUGUUAAGCGAGCUCAUGAGAAGUGAAAGAGGAGUGUCUGAGUAUUCGUUUGUGGGUAUCUUAUCUUGUUUUGAUGGAGAAAAUAAAUUGCAAUUAGGUGAGCAGAUACAUGGAGCUGUAAUCAAGUAUGGAUUUGAAUGUGUAGCUUCAGUGAGUAAUUCUCUGCUUAAUAUGUAUGCGAAGUGUGAUACCAAAUGCUCGGCAGAGAAAUUUUUUGAACAGGUUCUUGUUAUGGACAUUGUGUCAUGGAACACUCUAAUCGGAGCAAUGGUAAAAAGUGCUAGACCAGCCAGAGCAUUUAAUCUCUUCCUGGAAAUGUGUGCACACGAAUUCUUGCCCAACGAGACAACAUUUGUAAACGUUCUUAGUUGUUGCACAAGCAUGCAUACAUCACUUUAUGGGGAGCUCAUCCAUGCUAAGAUGAUCAAGAAAAGAUUCCAAUCUGAUGUGUAUGCUGGUAGUGCUUUGGUUGACUUUUAUGCUAAAUGUGAUAAAGUUGAAGAAGCGCACCUCUGUUUUGAUGAAAUAACUGAGAAGACUUCAGUUUCUUGGAAUUCUUUGAUGCUGGGAUAUUCAAAGAGAGAUUUUUCUGUUCCAGUUAGGCUGUUGAAAGAUAUGUUUUACUUAGGUUACCAGCCAAAUGAGUUCUCAUUUUCUAUUGUUAUUAAAUCAUCAUUGCCAUUAGAGUUGUUCCAACUUCAUGCAUUGACAGUAAAGUUGGGUUAUAAAGAGAAUGCAUAUGUGUUAAGCUCUCUUAUCAGGUCCUACGCCAGAAAUGGUUUCGCAUCUGAUGCCUUGAUCUUUGUUGCUUCUGAUAUCAUGCCCCUUUCUGUUGUUUCAUCCAAUGUAAUUGCGGGGAUUUAUAACAGAACUGGCCAAUAUGAGAAAACUCAAGAGUUAUUUGCUGUCAUGGAGGAACCUGACGUUGUAUCAUGGAAUAUUUUGAUUGCAGCAUGUUCUAGAAAUGGAGACUACAAAGAAGUUUUUGAACUUUUCGAUCACAUGCGAAGAUCUCUAGUCUGUCCUGACAGUUACACAUAUGGGCAUCUCAAAGAGGCCGAGCAACUGAUUUUGGGGAUGCCUUUCCCGCCAAAUGUAUUGAUUUGGCGCAGUUUCCUUGAAGGAUGCAAAAGACAAAGAACUAUGGAAGAUUUAGCUCUUGCAGCAUAA